AUUAGGUGAUGUGUGGGGGGCAUUAGGUGAUGUAUGGGGGCAUUAGGUACAGAGAGCCGGGCUGUGCAAGAUCCGCGGCCGGUGUUCUCCGCCCGGAAGAGGGUGUCCAGGUUCCACCCCAAGAGGAUGCCCAGGGCCCGCCACCACUUUUCAGUCUGGCAGCGCGGCUUUGGGGUCCGGCUGGUGUCCUCCCAGCAGGCUCUGACCUGGCCUUGCCUCUCGGGGGCAGGGGCAGUGUGAUCGAGGGAGUUCUCCUGAGGGGUUCCCCUCGGGCAGUUGCUUUAAAGCACAGGCUGUUGCUGAGGACAGGCGCCCCUGAGUGUUUAUUUGCGAGGAGGCCAGGCUCUACAGCCAGCCGCGCGCCGUCCGCUCGGUAAACACCGGCCGCCGGUUCUCUCCGGCUUUGCCUGCUGGUGUGGAAACCACUGCGGCCUGUCCCCCCCAACCCACCCCUGGGACGGGGCCGUUUUUACGGGAGUGUUUAAGGGUUAGCCUUCUCCCCCAGGCUCUCCACACCCAGGCCCCUCCGUCGCUGGGCCCACUGCUCUGCGGCUGGGACGUGAGGGCAGGGACAUGGGCGGCAGGGACGGGGGCUGGGCCACCUGCCUCCACCAGCGUCCCAGUGUCCGGCUGUGGCCGGGGGGUGGUAAACUAGUUGUGAUGAACUCUAUUUGGCCUCAGGGCAAAUCUUCCAACAUUUAAUUUUGGGCCCUUAAAUUGAUGCUGUUUCUUUCCAUAAAGAUAUACAUAUAUGGUCGCCUGUGAAUUCAGUGUCUCUGCCUCUCUCUAUCCUGGCAGCACAAAGUCUCUCUCACACUCGGGAAAGGACCCCACGCAGGCAGGUGGGGCGAUGGAGACCUCAGGCCCACGACUCACCAACGUUGGCCACUUUGUCCAAACGCGACCUGCACUGGAAGAGAGUUUCAAGGGCUCGCUGCUCCCGUCAAGAAUGAACCGACCCCCGGGGUCCCUCCCGCUCACCCCCUAGGGUCCGAGUCCUCCUGCCCUUGAACCUGCAGAGAAGGGUGUGCGGCCUUCAUCGCCUGGACCCCUGGGCAGCCUCCUAAGGAUGUGAAGCGAGCGGCAGGCAGCCUGGCCCCUGCGUGCCUCCCGGUCGGUCGCUAGGAUGUUCCUCAUGAACGCGCCCCCUGUGCUCCCUCUCCAGUCCACGUGGGAGGCCUGCAGGCCGCCGGGGAGCUGCAGAUUCCCAGGCCGCCUCUCGGAGCCGGAGGGCGCGGCCGGCGCAGCGGUGAGCGCCCGGGUGCAGAUGCUCAUCAGCUCGCUUCGGGGUGACCGGACAGCGCGGGGCCGGAGCCAGGAGCGCGCCCUGCACCGGGGCCACCGGGGCCGCCACGCCCAGCCGGCCGCCGCCCCCGCCUGCGGUCUCGCUGCUCAUUUUGACCCCAAGAGGAAGGAGGAGGCCUCGGACCCCGGCCCCUCGGGGCGGGACUCAGACAGUGACGACUCCGUGGACCGGGGCAUCGAGGAGGCCAUCCAGGAGUACCUGAAGGCCAAGAGCGGGGCCGCCCAGCCCGCGGCCGCCAACCAGGACCCUCAGUGCACACCGGAGCCUCCUCCGAACAGCACCCCGACUACCCUGUGUCCCCCAAAGCGGGCCCCUGGCUCAGGAGGCAUCCCUGGUGGCCGCAUGGGAGCCAGUGGCCAUGUGGGAGCCGGUGGCUGUGUGGGAGCCGGUGGCCGCGUGGGAGCCGGUGGCCGCGUGGGAGCCGGUGGCCGCGUGGGGGCUGGCCAGGCCCCGGGCUCCGCCUCCCCGGGCAGCGUCAGCAGCGAGGACUCCUUCGAGCAGAGCAUCCGGGCGGAAAUCGAGCAGUUCCUGAGCGAGAAGAGACAGCACGAGACGCCGCCGGGUGACAGGCCUGCGGACAAAAAGCCCGACGCUGGCGACAGCCUGGCCGCACCCGCCCUCGGGUCCAGCAGAGAGCCGGUGGGCAAGGCGCCGCGGCAGGACGCGGCGGGAGCGUGUAAGGAGUUUGUUUUCCAGAAUCCUUCCCGGUUGGCCCCGGCCGCCGCGCAACCCAGGAGCCUCAGGUCCAAGGUCGCCGCCGAGCCGGAGAGCGUGGGCGGCCCGAAGCCCGCACCCCCCAGGCCGGCCGCCCCCUGCCACACGGCGGACGCCCAGGGUAAGGGCCGGCUCAGGAGGAGCCUGGGCCCCGGGCGGAGGGGACAGGGCGUCAGGAGCGCGGGCCCGGCCCCCGUGCGCGCGGCGGCCGACUCCAGCAGCGACGACGACGGCAUCGAGGAGGCCAUCCGGCGGUACCAGCGGGAGAAGAGGAAGGAGGCGAGCGGGGACCUGCCCCCGAAAGCCCCGGCCGGGGAGCAGCAGCCCGGCCCGCCCGCCCACGGCGCCAGCCACGCCACCAAAAGUGCCUUGCCCUUCACCCCCAGGAAAACGCCAGGCAAGAGGAAGCCAGCGGCCUCGAAGGCUGUGGACCUGGGCCCGGGCGGGCUUGACCCCGACCGUCCGUCCGAGCCACCAAAGGAACCCCAAGCCCCCGCCGCCCCGGGGAGCACAGCGGCCAGGAGCCGGUGUGCGGACGGGGCCUCGUGCCGCGCGGACACCUCCGCCGAGCUGAUGUGCGCCGAGGCGAUCCUGGACAUCUCCAAAGCCAUCCUGCCGGCCCCCGGGGAGGGCGGGGACGGACCCCCGGCCGCCAGCCCGCUCCCUUGUCCCUCCCGCGUGCCUUCCUGCUCGGACGGCGACAGCAGCUCUGUGGACAGUGACGACAGCAUAGAGCAGGAGAUCCGGAACUUUUUGGCGCUGAAGGCCCAGGCGGGGACUUUGCCGGCCAGAGCGGACACCUGCCCGCCGUCCGCACGGAGCCCCCCGCCGCCACCGGGCCCCCGCGGGCAGGCUGGCGCCCCCAAGGCCCCCGUCUCUCGAACACCGGAGCCUCCGCUGAGCUGCAGGAGGAAACGCAGGGGCGGCGCCAUGCGGCCGUCCACGCCCAGGAAAGCGAGAGAGGCGGUGAGGGAGGGCGCCCCGGGCCCUGGCCCCGGCGAGGCCCCUGGCAGGGACGGCGAGGCCAGGGGGCAGCGCCCCCCCUGCAGGACGGCCGGGCUGGGGGGCGAGCACGGAGCCACGGACGCGAGGGGCGGGGUGUCGCCGGGCCCCGGGAAGGUGGCCGAGGCCCGCAGUGUGGACGGGAAGGAGAGCUCCGAGGACAAGAGCAGCUCGCUGGACAGCGACGAGGACCUGGACUCGGCCAUCAAAGACCUGCUGCGGUCCAAGCAGCGGCUCCGGAGGCGCGGCAGGGACCCCCGAGCCGGGGGCCGGAAGAAGGUCCGGUUCGGCAGCACUGAGGCGCGGGCCCUGGGUCCGCGGGGCGGCCCCCAGAGAGGCGGCCAGGACAGAAGCCCGCCCGUGCUGAAGAGCUGCCUCUCCAGGUCCAAAAGGGACAGCGGGGCGGGCCCGCCGGGGAGACCGUCGCGCGGCUUCUGCAGCCCCACGGAGGGCGCCAGGCCCGCAGACCCACCCCAGGCCCUCCCGUCGGCGCAGAGUCCUUUCCCCGGCGAGGCCAAAGCCCGCCCCCACCACGGCCCGGCCGCCAGCCCCGGCCUCCGGUCUGAUGACAGCAGCUCCGUGGACAGUGACGACAGCAUCGAGCUGGAGAUCCGGAAGUUUCUGGCCGAAAAGGCCAAGGAGACGGAGAGCGGCUCGGAAACUCCAGGAGCGGGUCCGGGGAGCGGGCCCAGGCCAGAGCCGCUGUGCCGGAAGGGGGCGGCCCCGGCCCUGGCCCUUCAGCCGGGCGUGUGCACCCGGAGCCAUAGGGGCAGGGGAGCCCCUCAGCCCACAUCGGGGCCCCGGGGCGGGCCCCGCACGGACCCCGCCUGCCUCCCUGCUGCUCCGCCCAGAAGCCAGCCGGCGCCUCCCCGGAGCAGCAGUGGGGCCCUCUCGGCCAGGGGGUCCCCCGCGGGCAAGAGAAGCCUUCACCCUCCCAGAGACCAGGGCCCGCGAGGGGCGUCCGCGACAGCAGAGGCAGAUACCCGGGCGCGAAGUCCCGGCGGGGCCUUGCCCGUGGCCUCUCAGAGCCGGAGCGCACCGACCCGGAGCCCGGGAGCCGACAGGGAGGGGGCGCCCCAGGCCAGCCUCACCCUCCCAUGGGGCGACUUUGCCCACCAGACUGCACUGCAGAGCACGUGGGCGCUGAGCUCAGAAGGCAGGGGCGUGGCGUGGAAGGGGGGCCGGGGGAGUGAGAAGGAGAGGGGGCCGGAGGGCCAGGCCCGGGGCCCCGCCGGCCCCGCCACGGACCCCAGGAAGGGCCUGCCCUUCGCGGGCUUCUCCCCGCUGCUCCCCGCGCAGCUGUUCCACUUCGGGAGCAGCGCGUCCUGGGGGGCCCCGGCCGCCGGGCUCUUCAGCCCCGGGCUGAGCCUGCCGCUGCAGGGCCCCGCCUUCUCGGCCUUCAGGGAGGCCCCCGCCGGCCACGCGGGCCGGUUCGGACGCUCACGCCUGCUGGGCAAGGAGGCCCGGCCCUGGCCCCGGAGGAGGGCGCUCGGCUCGCGCGGCGGCAGCGGCGGCGGCGGCAGGAACUCGGGCUCCGACGAGGACGUGUUAGACCUGCGGUAUGGGCGGCGGGCGGACAGAGACGAGGACCAGGCGGCCUGGGGCAGCGACGCCAGCGAGCUGAGCGACACCUCCGUGGAGGACGGCAGCCCCGCGGCCAAGGGCACGGUCCUCCAGCUGUGAGCGGGCGUCCUGGCGCCAGCGUGUCUGGGCCGCGCGUGGACGUGCGUUAGAGGGACCCUGGGUAGGGGGACGGGCCGCUGCGGCCGCCCUGUACAUAUGUACACUAACGGGCAGCGAUGCCCUUAUUUAACACGUGUGUCCUGGUAAAUAUGAUUUUUGUAGCUUCUUUUGUAAAUUAUUUAAGUGCUGUAAAAACUAUUUUUGGAAACGAGAGCUGUUGGGUUUUGUAGGGCGUUCCCGGCGGCGGUCCCGUGGCUUCCCCGGCUCGCCCUCGGUCCGCCCGCCACGGCCAGUGCCCAUGACUCCGAGCUGGCACUCAGGUGACUGCUGUGGAAAUGUCCGCUGUGCCUGGGGGGCAGCGAUCGCACCCCCCGGAGCACCCUCUGAGCCCUGAGGUCUCCGUCCGGAGGUUCCUGGACAUCGCCCGUUAGCGGGAACCCUGGGCCGGGAGGCUGACACGUCCCCUGAGCACCGCGGCCACAGCCUCCGACCAACACCCGCAAAGCACAGACGCCAGCGAGGACCCCGCCGCCCGGGGCCUGUGUUGUCUCCCGUCCAGUGCUGUUCCGUGGCCACAGGCAGCAGCUCAAUAAACCGCUCUGUGCACGGAGCCUCUGCCCUCAUUCUCAGUCUGGGCCCAUGCGUUUCUGUGUCCAUGUCCAGAGCAUGAUGAGGUCUCAAGUGCCCGGCUGGCACGGCCCAUGGGCAUCGAAUCAUGAACCAGGAGGUCAGGGUUCUAUUCCCGUCAGGGCACGGGCCCAGGCUUUGGGCUCCAUCCCCAGUGGGGAACGUGCAGAAGGAGGCAGCCAAUCCAUGAUUCUCAUCAUUGAUGUUUCUCUCUCUCUCUCUCCCUCUCACUUCUCUCUGAAGUCAAAUUUCUUAAAGACACAUUUUUUAAAAACAACAAAGGUAUUGUCACCUUGACCUCCCGCCUCCCAGAGUUCAUUGAAGGGGCCGUUAGAGGGUGAAGCAGGACAAAUCCCACCCUCCCGGCCUGCACCCCACAGGCAGGCUGCCGGGAGGGGCUGGCGGGCGAGGUCUGCAGACCCUCGAGGUGCUGGCCACUCUGGUGCUGUUUUCACGUUGACAUGUGUCACAAUAUAUUCAAAACCUCUUAUCCUGAUCGACUAUAACAGACAAAAGGCCACUGAAGACAAAUGCAGAAGCAGAGAUGGAAAUAAGCUUUCAGAGGAAGAAGUUACUGGUUUUAAGCAAACUCAGCAGCUAAAUGAAGUGACUGGCAAAGUGCCACGGGGUUUGCUCUCGGAGGGGAGAUGAAGGAGCUGGUGGGCGGAGCGCGGUUUCCAGGAGCCGUGGGGACCCCAUCCAGCGCCCUGUGGGGCGGCUGCUGUCACCCCAUGUUCCGGUCACCCCCCAUGUUCCGAUCGCCUUGUCUGUAGUAGUUCUGGUUGGGAAUGAACUCAGUACACGGUCCGAAGGGAAGUUUCGUUUCUCCUCGGCCGGCCGCGCUGUGCGAUCACCCACACGGGCGAGAUCUGGGAGCAUCCAGCUCGCCCUGUGGGUUCACUCUUUCCCCUCAGGACACAGAUUCCCGUGUGAAAGAGGCUAAAGAGAUAAAAGAAGGUUCCGGGACCUUUCGUGGCUGGAGCCCCUCUGACUUGUGUGAAUUUGCAGGAAGUUAGGGCCAGGAGGUGGAGCAGAUGCUGGGGCCUCGCCCCUCCCAGCACACCCGCAAGGCGGACCCUAACCUUCCCAUCGGAAACGGGAAACGGGGGCAGGAGUAAGACUUGCCCCAGGUGAGGGACUCAGAGGAGGGACAGCGGCAAAGCCCUUUGCAAACCGCAGGCGGCAGGUGGACGGGGAGGAACAGGCCGGUGGCGCCAGAACGCGGACGCGGAGCCAGAGCUGCAGACAGCAACCGGGUGGGGAGACGCGUGUGCACAAAGGUGUUUGUUUCCCUCCUUCAGACACCCCUUCCGCUUAGAAUAGACACAGUCCAGCGCAGUGAUGGCGAACCUGUGACACGCGCGUCAGAGGUGGCACGCGAACUCAUUUUUUUGGUUGAUCUUUCUUUGUUAAAUGGCAUU